AUUCUCCUACAAAAACCGUAAUUUGAGAUUUGAACAUUAUUAUAUAGUAUAUGUGGCAGCGGAUUAGUAAACAUAAAACAGUGAAAAACUCAAAAAAAUCGUACAGAUCCUAUCCUAAGAGAUAGUUUAGCUAUCAAUUUUUAGUUUAAUAUCAAUAAUGUCAAUCAACAAAAUUGAUGCCAAUGAAGGUCGACUUACACUCCAUGGUGAUCAUGUUCUGCAUCAUCAAGAUCACAUUGAAUUUGAGCUAGAAGGUGAUCGUCUUCCUGCAAACUUAAGAGGUUGCCACAAAGGAGAUAUAUUCAUCACUAAUUUGAGAUUAAUAUAUAUCAAUGAAGGGUCAUCUGGAUAUAAAUCAUUUUCAAUGGAUUUUCAACACAUCCGCAAUGUAGAGGUUAAACAACCGAUAUUUGGUGCAAAUCAUUUAAAAGGAUUCAUCAAAGCUGAACCUGGAGGCGGUUGGGAAGGCAGUGCAAAUUUUAAAGUGAACUUUCCUAAAGGUGGUGCAAUUGAUUUUGCAGAAAACUUUCAAAAAGCAGUUAAAGAUUCCCUAAGAAACAGACACAAUGGCAUGGUUGCACCGCCUCCACAGCAACCAGCAUUUUAUGGACCACCUAUAUGCAUGAUGCCUCCACCUGAAGCCUAUUACUACCCGCUACCGCAGCCAGCAUAUUAUGCAUAUCAACCAGGCGCUCCUCCACAAGCUGGUCAACAACCUUUGUAUAACCCUCCUACUGGACAAGCACCACCACCCUAUAUGCCUACAGACCAACAAACGCCAGCACAAACACAACAAAGUUCAGCAAAUGCUAAAGCCCAAGAAGCCUAUAUGACUGGUCACACUGCCUAUAUUCCAAAUGAAACACCGCCACCAUAUAAUCCAAAUUUUGAUCCGAAUGCUAAAAAAGAUCAAUAAGUAAAAGAAACCACAAUGGAAAAAUAUUUUUAUAUGAAAUUUAAUCGACAGUAUCUUGAACAUAAAAAUCACCAUAAAAGAAAAACAAGAGAUGAAACUUUUAUGGGGUCAUUUUCUUGUGCAUACUUGAACAAUAUAUUUCUUAUAGUUAAUAAACAAUAUAUAAAUUUAAGUAUAAAGCUUAGAAUGAAUCACGCCAUGUGAUGUAAAAACCGAUUCGGUAUUAGCACGCCCGGAUUAGACAGUCACUUUGGCUUGAUCCUCUUGGUUUAUUGAAUUUAAGUUGUAAUUUAAAUGAGCCUUUUAUAUAAGUCAUUUAGGGAGUCAUGUUUCAAAGCCAUUGUUUACAUAGAAGGAUAUUUCGUAAAAUGUUAAUCUUUUAGUGAGCCUUGACUUGUUACAGAAAACGUAAAUUUAGUUCCGGACGAAAGACCUUCUGCGAAAAAAAAUUUUAAAAAUUAAUUUUGAACUUUUUAAAGGUUCAUUCUGUGUGUUGUAGAUUUGUAAGUUUGUGUAUUAGUAAAUUGAUAAACGUGAAGCUA